CUAAUUAACCAUAAAUUAUUGCACCGUUCCUAAUGUUAGGUAGAGGAUUUGUCAAGAAUGGUAGAGCUCUGUUCUCAAGUUCCUGGAGGCUUGAUUAUCAUUUCUCGGAUUUUCGCAGCGCAUCUUGCUACUGAAGCUAAAGCAUUGGUUGAACAUGUUGAGGAUGGUGCAAGCAAUGAAAAGGAUUUUGUAAUGAAGGCUAUUGAGUUGCGUGACAAAUACUACACCUACGCCAAUGAUUGUUUCAAGGGAGAAACUUGUUUACUUCUGGAUCUCAAGAUUACUUUUCAAGAAUUUUGGGGAAAGGGUGUGGUUGGGAUGUCAUGUUCAAAAAUUUUGGCUUCCUUUUGUGAUAACAUUAUAAGGAAAGGAGGAAAUGAAGCAAUUGAAGAAACCCUUCAGAAGGUAGAAGACUUGCUCAAUUAUAUCACAUGUGAUGACAGGGAUUUGUUUGCAAAAUGUUAUUGGAAAAAGAUGACUCAAAGGCUUCAUUUUUACAAGAAUGUCGAUGUGGAAUUUGAGGCAUGUAUUCUAACACAACUGAGGUGGCACUUGCAACCCUUCAGUAAGAAGAUGGGGCAAAUGCUUAGAGAUUUAACAUUGGCAAAACAAAAUCAAAUGGCUUUUAAGGAUUACUUGAGCACUAUUCCAUAUACAAAUCCAAGGAUUGACUUGGCUGUAACUGUUCUCACCAACCGUUGUUGGCCUCGCUACAAGUCUUUUCAUCUUAACCUUCCAACUGAAAUGGUCAAAUGUGUUAAGGCUUUCACUGAGUUUUAUCAAACUAAAAAGAAUUGUAGGAAACUUACAUGGAUAAAUUCCUUGGGGACCUGUAAGCUCAUAGGCAAUUUUGAGUCCAAAAGUAUGGAGUUGGUUGUAACUACAUCUCAGGCUUGUGCAUUGCUACUCUUUAAUGAGUCUGAUAGGAUUACGUAUUCAGACAUCAAGGCCUCAUUAAAGUUGCCUGAUAAGGAUCUUGUGAGGGUUCUACAACCUUUAUCUUGUGCAAAGCGUAAGAUACUUAAAAAGGAACCAAACACACAAACCAUAUCUCCUAGUGAUUACUUCGAAUUCAACUCAGAGUUCACAUAUAGAAGGAAAAGGAUCAAGAUUUCAAUACCUCCUUUGGUUGAGAAGAAGGUAGCUGUAGAUGAUGAGACUCGUGUCCAAAAUAGAAUUCAUAGAUCAAAUGUCAUUGGAGCCACAAUAAUGAGGGUAAUGAAAAGGCAUAAGGUUUUGGGUUUUCGACAGUUGUCAAAGGAAUGUCUUGGGCAGUUGCGCUCCAAGUUGAAGCUUCAUCCCAGGGAGUUCAAAAUGCAAAUUGAAAGUCUGAUUGAGCAAGAGUAUAUUAAGAGGGACAAAUCUAAUCCUAAUCUGUUCAGGACAGGGAUGAACGUAGCGAGUUGCAAGAAAAUCAGCCACCCAUGUGAUGAUCCAAUGCAAGGAAACUCAUCGAGAAGCACAGGCCAGGUUAUCGGGUGCAGACUGCAAGGCGAGUUUUUGAACAUGCUAAUGAAGCUGCAACAACCUCGUUUAGAAACAGGAAGCAUGAGCCACGGUGUUUUGAGGAAUUUUUUGGAUUCUGCAAAAGGGUUCCAGUAAGAAGAUAAAGCUUUUGUCCGAACAAGAUCUUUGUAAGGCAGUCGCCAGAAGAUGGAUUCCAAUACCUCGCAGGGCAAGCUGCGAAGGUUUCCCUGCUCCUCUUCAUGUUGAACAUUUUUACUUAAUUAGGAGCCUAAUGGUUGGCCUUAUAUAUAUAUACAUAGAAAAAGGACAUUGACCAAAUUCUAAUAGGACUAUUAUACAAUUCCUGGCCGGAUUGUAAAGUUAAAGUCCAGUUAAUCUUAGAAUUCUGAGUCAUUAAUGAUCUUGGGAGGUUUUUAGCUAUCAGGCUCGUUUAUUAUCAUCAUCAUUAUUAUUAUUAUUAUUAUUAUUAUUAUUAUUAUUAUUAUUAUUAUUAUUAUUUUACAUGAGAAAUUUAGGGGUUAUGGUUGAUUUAACUACUCAAAAUGUUACAUAUAUAUAUAGAAUAAAAUAUUUCAUUUAUU